AUGACCGGCGAAAACACCUUUUCUCCGAGCGACCAGGCCUUCUCAGCAAACUCUAACCUCCAUAUCACUAUACAAGAAGGUUCUCAAAACAGCGAGCAACUCCUGGAGAAUGAAAACAAUGACCUUGAAAAUGACUGCGAGCAAUUGUUUGAGAUUGAGGGCAAUGAGCCUGAAAGUGAAAGAGAUGAUGCAAGUGAUCAAUUAUUUGACAUUCAAAGUAAUGACCAUGAAAAUGACGGAGGUGAUAUAAAUGAGCAUCUGUUUGAAAUUGAAGGCAAUGACCAUGAAAGUAGCAGGGAUGAUAGAACAAUAAUUGAUUAUCAAAAUGGUGGAUCUCAAGAAAAGGCCUAUCCCCCACCAGUUGUGGGUUUAGAGUUUGAUUCAUAUGAUGAUGCUUACAAUUAUUAUAAUUGCUAUGCUAAGGAACUUGGAUUUGCUAUCAGGGUGAAAUCCUCGUGGACAAAGCGUAACAGCAAGGAGAAGCGUGGUGCAGUGCUCUGUUGCAAUUGUGAGGGUUUUAAAACAAUUAAAGAAGCAAACAGCCGCAAGAAAGAAACAAGAACAGGCUGUCUAGCAAUGAUAAGGUUGAGAUUAGUAGAAUCAAACAGAUGGAGAGUGGAUGAAGUCAAGCUUGAACACAACCAUUUAUUCGAUCCUGAAAGAGCUCAGAACUCCAAGUCGCACAAGAGGAUGGACUCAGGAGCUAAAAGAAAGAUGGAGCCAACUGUUGAUGUUGAAGUACGCACAAUCAAGUUAUAUCGGACACCUGUCGUAGAUGCAGUUGGUUAUGGAAGCUCAAACUCAAACGAGGGAGAAAUUAACAACCUUGUUGAUCGGUCCAAGCGAUUGAAACUCAAAAAUGGAGAUGCAAGAGCAAUUUAUAAGUAUUUUUGCCGGGUUCAGCUAACCGAUCCUAAUUUUUUCUAUGUGAUCGAUCUCAAUGAUGAAGGGUAUUUGAGGAAUGUGUUUUGGAUUGAUUCCAGGUCUAGGGCAGCGUACAAUUACUUUGGUGACGUGGUUUCAUUUGAGACUACAUGCUUGUCAAACAAUUAUGAGAUUCCACUUGUUGCAUUUGUUGGAGUAAAUCACCAUGGACAAACUAUCUUGCUUGGUUGUGGUUUGCUAGCCGAUGAGACACUAGAAACUUAUAUAUGGUUAUUUAGGGCGUGGCUUACGUGUAUGUCUGGUCGUCCUCCACAAACUAUCAUCACAAACCAGUGCAAGGCCAUGCAAAGUGCUCUAGCAGAGGUAUUUCCUAGGGCUCAUCAUCGUCUUUCUUCUUCACAUGUCAUGCAAAGUAUUCUUGAGAACAUGGGAGCAAUACAAGAAUAUGAGGCAUUUCAAAUGAUUUUGAGUAGGACUGUAUAUGACUCAAUAAAAGUAGAUGAGUUUGAAUUGGCUUGGGAGCAUAUGAUUCAGAGAUUUGGAAUAAGGGAUCAUGAGUUUAUUCAAACUUUGUAUGAUGAUCGAGAGCGAUGGGUUCCAGUUUACUCAAAAGACACAGUUUUUGCUGUAAUGCCCAAUUUUCAGAAAGCUGAGUCCACAAACCCAUUUUUCGAUGGUUAUGUGCAUCAACAAACUUCGUUGGAAGAGUUUCUUGAUGUUUAUGAUGUAGUUUUAGAAAAGAAGCGUCAGGAAGAAGCUCAUAAUGAUUUUGAGUCGAGAGAAUUGACUCCAAUGUUAAGAACAAGAUGCUAUUACGAGUUGCAACUCUCUAAGUUUUACACAAAAGAUGUAUUCCUAAAGUUUCAAGAUGAGGUUGUGAUGAUGACUUCUUGCUUUAGCAUAACUCAAGUUCACACAAAUGGACCACUUGUGACAUACAUGAUCAAAGAACGUGAAGGGGAGGAAAUUAUGAGGGAUAAUAAUAGGAACUUUGAAGUUAUGUAUGACAAAGCAGGAGCAGAAGUUCGUUGUAUGUGCAGUUGCUUUAAUUUAAACGGCUACCUAUGCCGACACGCCUUAUGCAUCCUGAACUAUAAUGGUGUGGAAGAAAUACCGUUUCAGUAUAUCUUGUCGAGAUGGAGAAAAGACUUUAAGCGGUUGUAUGUACCAGAUCUUGGGAGCAAUAAUGUUGAUAUCACAAACCCAGUUCAGUGGUUUGAUCAUUUGUAUAGAAGAGCGAUGCAAGUUGUUCAGGAAGGGAUGAUUUCUCAGGAUCACUAUAUGGUAUCUUGGCAGGCAUUUAAAGAGUCUUUGAAUAAGGUCCGUCUAGUAGCAGAUAAGCAUGUAUAG